AUGGCUCAAAAGGCAAAGAAGGACCGCGCCAAAUCCAACGCGGCGUCCCUCAUCGUCCACGCGCUCUUCCUCCUCUCCAACUUCCUCUUCCGAUCCCGCUCCCUCCUCGCCUACGCCCUCCUCUCCCUCCCGAGCUUCAUCUGCGAGUACAUCCUCGAGACGUCCGGCCGGCCCAAGUACGAUGCCGCGACGGGCGCCCUCAAGACGUCGGGCGAGGACCUCGCGGCCGCCGGCCUGACGGAGUACAUGUUCGACGUCAUCUGGGUGACGUGGGCGUCCCUCGUGGCCGUCAUCCUGUUUGGGAACUGGGGCUGGAUUCUGUUCAGCGUUGUCCCUGCGUACGGCGCAUACAUGGGCUACGGAUUGUUGGGAAUGGGCAAGAAUGCGCUGGCUCAGAUGCAGGAUGGGGGAAACGCCGGCAACGCCGCACCACAGGGAAACCGUCGAUCACGAAGGACUGCAUAG